AUGGCACCAACUAAUAAUAUGUCUUGGCCAUAUCGACAAAAUCAAGACCUAUAUACAUCAGCAACUUGUUCGAAUUAUUCAAAACCAUUGCAUACUAUUAAUCCAACAUUGACUUAUAAUUCAGAUUAUAUUCAAACUAAUGCUAAUAACUCAAUUAAAUCUAAUUUUUUAAAUCAAAAUACAGCUUAUAACACUAUAAUGUCAAACAAAAAUACAAACGAAUUACAAGCUUUACCUUCAUUUUAUGAACAUAGAUCUGUAACACCUAUACUAGAUGAACGACAUAGAAAUUCAUCACAAAUAUCUACUAUUAAUCAAGAUCAAGAAUCUUUUGAAGCUCAACAAAAUUCUUGUAAUAAAAAAAUUUCAAGACCUACUACAUCAUUUCAAUGUACAUUAUAUUCACCAACCAAUUCUCAUGAUACUAAUACUUGGGAAUCUAACAAUAAUUCUUGUAACGAAAAGAUUUCAAGACCUACUACAUUAUUUCAAUAUACAUCAUAUUUACCAACUAAUUCUUAUGAUACUAAUACUUGGGAAUCUAAUAAUAAUUCUUGCAAUGAAAAGAUUUCAAGAUCUGCUACAUCAUUUCAAUGUACAUCAUAUUCACCAACCAAUUCUCAUGAUACUAAUACUUGGGAAUCUAAUAAUAAUUCUUGUAACAAAAAGAUUUCAAGAUCUACUAUAUCAUUUCAACAUACAUCAUAUUCACUAACCAAUUCUCAUGAUACUAAUACUUGGGAAUCUAACAAAAAUGAACAAAAUUAUCAUAGUCAAAAUAAAGAAAAAGUUUCAAAUAUAGAUACACAAUUUCAAUCCACAUCAUCAUAUUCACCAGCAAAUUCUUCUAAUGCGAAUAUUUGGAAACCUAAUACCAAUUUACAAAAGUUAAAUUUUUUAGAUGAAAAUUCAUUAGUUAAUUGGUUAUCUACACGACCUGAUUUAAUUGCUCAAGCACAAAGUUUAUUAACAGCUUCUUUGCCACCUAAGACUGAAGUUAGUAUUUCAGAACAAUCUGAUAAAGAAACUAUUAUAAAUCUAGUUAUGGAGCAAUGCAAGCUUCUAUUUUUACGUACAAGAAAUCCUACUAAGAAAAUACGUGAAACAUUAAUCAAGAAAAUUACUCCAUCAACUGAUUUUGUAUCUCGAGAAUUUAAAGUGCUAAGCAAAAAAGCAUGUGAAUACUUUGAUAAUUUCCGACAUACAUUUAACAAAGAUAUGGCAGCUCUUGCUAGAGACUUGCUAGUUAAAAAUAGUGAUCCAACAAUUGAAAAUAUUGAGCAAUUUGUUGCUAGUAAAUCUCUUGAAAAAUUUAUCGCUAAAAGCUUAAAGAUUCAUGUUAAAUAUUUAAUUGCAACUCAUAAUAAGGAAAAACUAUCCUAUUGCGAAAAUGUCUUGAAAAAGAUUAAAACACUUGAUCAACUUACUUUUCAUUUAACUAUUCCAUCAGCAAGUCGACGCAAUUAUGCAAAUGAAUUGGAUCUUGAUCAAGCUAAUACAGAAUUAUCUUCGGAUGAAUAA